UUUCAAUUGCUCUGCACAAUUCUCACUCGUCUUUUUCACUUCCUUUCUUUCCUAAGAUCGACGAUAAAGCUUUCUCUGCAAGGAGGAAUCUUGAUCUUGUCUCGCGCUGUUGGUUUGUGAUAAAAAAGAUAGCGAGAGAGCCGAGCAUUUGGUCGCGCAAAUUCCCUGAUCAUGUGGGGCAACAGGGAGAAUUUCCCAGCGAGGGGCUACUUCACCCCUCAGCCACCGAAGCGGGCUGCGCGGCCGCCAGUUUCACCGGUGACGAUGACGGUGCCGAUGUCGGAGAGGAAGCGGUCCUCGCCGGAUCUCUUCCACAUCGUUCACAAAGUGCCUCCCGGGGACUCUCCCUACGUCAAGGCCAAGAGAGUCCAAUUAAUAGACAAGGAUCCGAGUAAGGCCAUCUCUCUGUUCUGGGCCGCUAUAAACGCGGGGGAUCGAGUUGACAGUGCGCUGAAGGACAUGGCGAUCAUCAUGAAACAGCUGAAUCGGUCGGACGAGGCGAUCGAAGCCAUCAAGUCUUUCCGCCAUCUCUGCCCCUUCGAUUCUCAGGAAUCUCUCGACAAUGUGCUGAUAGAGCUCUACAAGAGGUCUGGACGGAUCGAAGAAGAGAUCGAAAUGCUUCAGCACAAACUGCGGCUCAUUGAAGAAGGGAAGGGGUUCAGCGCGAGCCGUACAAAGACAGCAAGAUCACAAGGGAAGAAAAUCCAAGUGACAAGGGAACAAGAGAGAUCAAGGAUACUAGGGAACUUAGCCUGGGCUCACUUGCAGCUAAGCAAUUAUGAGAUCACCGAAGGACUUUACCGGGAAGCUUUGUCUCUGGAGCCAGAUAAGAAUAAGCAGUGCAACUUGGCAAUCUGUUUGAUGCAUAUGAACAAAAUAGCCGAAGCAAAAGCAGUACUGGAUGCAGUCAGAGGUUCCUGCUGCAUUAGGGACAUGGAUGAUUCCUAUGCUAAAUCUUUCGAUCGCGCCCUUCAGAUGCUGAAUGAGAUCGAAUUGCCAUCAAUUAGGCAGAACGAAGGCCAUCAUAAGGAGAGUAAUAAUUCAAGGGAGAGCACUUGCAUUACCGAACGGGUUAUCAACCGUGGACCUCAGUCACUCGCCUCAACAACCAUUGCAAAUGGACAUGGAGAAGAUACAUGGAUCUUAAAUGAGAGAAACGGUGUGCUAUCCCGAGGCAAAGCUCGGUCACCUUCAGAAACCAUAUUCUGUGAUAACUGGAGAGAAGUUCCCCACUUUGGAACUCCACUGAGAUAUGUCUCACUGGGAAAUCUCCAUGCCAAGGAAAACUGUUUUGAGGCAAAUAAGGCGGGUCGGAGUUCCUCGAGCAAGAGUGUAUAUGCUUCACCGGCUUUUGUUAAGAGAACUAUCGAAUUUUCUACCGGGGAAUCAAGGAGGCAUACAUGUAGGAGCUUACAUGCUUCCCCGGCUUCAUUUAGAGAAACGGAAUCCAAGUCGAAGGCUACUUCAACUGGAGAGACGAAAAUCAGCGGAAAUUGUUCUGCAGCAAUAGCCGAGCCAAAGAAUUAUGAUGAUAACAUGAUUCACAGCAUAGCCACUAAUGCAUCCAGCAAGGGAGAUCCUGCCAAAUUGGUCAAAACUUCCACCAACGACAUCAAAGAUUCUAGUGGGAAGAGCUUCUGGGUAGAUAAGCAUAAGAAGAGUUGGGCCGAUAUGGCUGAGGAAGAGGAACAAGAUCUGACUGAUCCUCCUGUGCACCUGUGGGACAACUCGCCUCAGAAACCUUCUCCUUUCCGAACUCCGACAAAGAGCUCCCGCAUUGCGGAUCACGAAGAUGAAGAGGGGUUCAAUGAUGAGAAUCUAGAUAUCAACAUUGCAGGUCAUUCUUCGUCCCAUGAACAGUGGACUCUGACCGAGAAUUUAAGCCGGACUUUGACAUUUUCCAAUCUAGAAUGUGGCUCUAAGUCGCAGACGGUGGAUAUUUCAUCAGGGACCUCGGGCCGCUCAGCAGUUCGACGCUCUUUGAACUUCAGUCAGAUCCAGAAACAGGAACUAGACUCGGUCAUUCUAUUAGAGUCCAAGAAGGCAGAUGAUGGCUCUCUUCAAGGAAACAACCGGGUUUCUGAUGCCGUGCCUGCGAAGAGAGUAGGACAACCGAGGAGGAAGAGACUGCAGGUCUUUCAGGACAUAACACGCCUUCCUCCUCACACCACAUGAACUACACAUAAUCCAAGAAUUUGAUUGAUCUUUCAAGGUCUUCUUCCUCAUAAGUUCAGUUGGGUGUGCCUUGUUCGUUCUUGCUGUCAUUCAUCUUCCUUUCUUGGAAUUAGUUAUUUCUUAUUUGCUCGAUUCUCAGGAUUAAGUUCGGGUUCAGCAUGAUUGCUUCCCUUCCAAGACUCCGAGUUCCCAAAACUUAGGACAGUCAUCGGUUCUUAGCACAAACAUUCGUUGAGCUGAGUCGUUCGACCCCUACAAAUGAUCGGUCGAAGAUAUCUAGUGUCGUCACCCCUGUCGCCAGCGCGAGUUUGGAUCACCAAGCUGAGAUGCACAGAACGAGGGCCUCUUCAAAAUGAGGCACGCGGCGGCUUCUGGGAACCUUGUAAUUUUGCUGAUGACUCUCGUGGCUGCUAUUGAUCAUGUUCUUCCCAUGAAUCUUCCUCUCUAAA